AUGUCCGGCUCGGCAGACCGGUCAAAGCGCGUCGAUACCAGCAUCAACCGCCUCAUCCAGCAAAUAACCCCCGACGAACCCCACCGCACCGAGGAGGAGAACCAGCAGAGACACGACCUCUUCUUCGAGGAGAUCAAGCAGCAGCUGGAGACACCGCGCCCACCUCCUCUUGCCGACCAGAACCAUGCCUCCGAGCUCAUCCGACGAAGGCUGGUGCAAACCAACCCCAGCCAGGCACUGCGCUUCUCGAACCUAUAUUCGCGAUUGCUAGCCCUGCCUGUCCUGAACCAGAAAUGGGCCAUGCUAUAUCUCCUACACCAGCUCACCGAGUCGCACGAUCCAAACGAGCCCGACCCUGUAGCUUUCGCUGAGUUCAAGCGCGAACAAGACGUGCGAAAGGGCCGAGCGAGACCAGUGGAAAGCGAGGAGGUUAUGCAUGGGAGACGAUACGCGAAGGAGGACAGAGAAGAGUUCGGAUCAAUGGGUCCUUCCGACAACGAAAGCGACGACGAGGACUACCCGCAGGAACCCAGGGGUGAUGGCUACCACCCAACCGAGCUCCGGGAUGUGCUCAAGAACCCCAAGCCGAUACGCACGCUCGAUGGGGAGUCAAACACCAAAAAUCAGACGAACAAUGUCGAUUACAAGCGGAGAGCGGCAAGCAGGGAUGAAGGAGUAUCCGGUCCACCCAGGAGAGACGUUGCCAUCAAGUCCAAACUACUGGCAGACAACUACUCUGAAAUCGACCCGUCGGAACCAGUCCUUCUACGAGACCUACCUUAUACCCUUCAGGGGCUCUCUUCGACCACCCUACCUUUUGGCAAAGACUACUCCCUCAAGCUACCAUCGACGCUCCCAUCGCCCCUCAUUGGCCUCCUCCACACACUGGCGGAGCCUUCGCUUCUGUAUCGGACUUUAGAAGACUUUGUCAAGACCCCUACAAAGGGGCUCUUGGACCAGAGUUUGCGGGCAGCCAUUAACAGCGAGCUUCGCUCAUACCUGACUCUCGUUGCGACGCUAGAAGGCCAAAUUCGCCGCGCUUUAGCCACAAUCGACGAGAAAGCACCUCGGAAUGGUAUUGGAAAGGCAGGCGUAACUCUCAAGCGUUGCGUCGUCUGGACCCGCGAAGCGACAAUGGGCCUGCGGCUCAUGAGUCUAAUUGCCGAAGAAUCGAAGACCAAGAAGGGCGGGCAACUCAUCACACUGAUCCAUUCAUUUUCAUCAUCUCACGGGGACCCCAUUGUGGGUGCCUUUGCUGAAAGACUACUCACGCCCGUGACUCGCCCCUUUUACGACAUUUUGCGCCACUGGAUAUACGAUGGCGAGCUUUCAGAUCCAUACCUGGAGUUCUUUGUGCAGUUGACGCUCCCUCACGAGACGACCCAGGGAAAGUCGGGUUCCACGAACGUGUGGGAAGAUAAAUACAAGGAACAGCCGGAUAUGAUACCCUCCAUCAUCACUGCUGAAUUCUCUCAAAAGGUCUUCCUGAUCGGCAAGUCUCUCAACUUCAUUCGGCACAGCUGUGGGGACUCGCAAUGGGUCGAGUCCUAUUCAAAAGCAUCAUCCAAGGAGCUGCGAUAUGGAGAUACGGCUACCCUGGAGUCAUGGAUUGACGAUGCGUACAAAACAACAAUGCGCCGACUGCUGCACCUCAUGACGAACAAAUUUCAUCUGUUUGACCAUCUACAAGCAUUGAAGAGCUACAUUCUACUGGGGCAGGGCGAUUUCAUUGCACUGUUGAUGGAAUCGCUAGCCGCAAAUCUCGACCGUCCUGCUGGGGCCCAGUAUAGGCACACGUUGACAGCACAGCUGGAGCACGCUAUUCGCGGUUCUAAUGCUCAAUACGACUCGCCUGAAGUGCUGCGGCGCCUCGACGCGCGCAUGCUCCAGCUCUCGCACGGCGACAUAGGCUGGGACUGCUUCACCCUCGAAUACAAGAUCGACGCGCCCGUGGAUGUCGUCGUAUCCGACUGGGGCAACCGGCAAUACCUCAAAGUAUUCAACUUCCUCUGGCGCAUCAAAAGAGUUGAAUUUGCGCUCUCCUCGACCUGGCGUAAGGUCACCACAGGCUCCCGGGGCGUCUUACAGACCAACCAUCUCACUGUUCAGGAGACCUGGAAGACGACGCGGGGGUUCCUCGCCGAGAUGGUGCAUUUUGUGGGCCAACUACAGUACUACAUCCUCUUUGAAGUCAUCGAGAGUUCCUGGACGGAGCUGCAGGCGCGUUUAAGCCGGGAAGACGCGACUCUGGACGACGUCAUUGUAGCGCAUACGAAUUACCUCGAAUCCAUAACCCACAAGGGUCUCCUCGGCGCGCGCCGGCGCCGCUUCGUGGGCUCGGACGCCGCCGGCAGCGGGAGCCACGGGGGCGAGGACGACAACAGCUACAUGAUCCAGCUGGGCGAGCUGCUGCGCACCAUGCUCGCGUACCGCGACUGCGUCGACGGGCUGUACUCGUGGUCCGUGUCGGACUUCACGCAGCGGCAGGUUGAGGCCGACCUGCGGCAUACCGUACCUUCGCCGGACGAGGACGCAACCACAAACCCAGGUGGUCCGCAGAGCGAGUUCCCGGCUCUGCGCGAGCGCCUGCGCCACCUCGGCGACCGCUUCCGCACCAAGCUCCAGAUCCUGCUCGGCGACCUGGCUUAUCAGGCCGACGUCGACCUGAGGUUCUUGGGCGUCGCGAUGAACUUUAAUGAUGUGUACCAGCCUGUGCGCCGCAAGGUCAAGGGCACGCCUGCGCCGCCGACGGUGGGUGGUGCGGAUAAGGGGAAGGAGAAGGAGAGGGAGGGGGAUAGGGACAGAGAGGAGCGCCAUAAACGGUGA